GACACUAUUUAUAUUUACCAUACCAUAGCUUGUAUUCACAUGCUCUUACAUUUGUAACGUACCAUUUACUACUAAUUAUUUUACUCCUCACCAACAGACUCUACUGCAACAAAACGUGUUAAGACGCUUGGGUAUCUUCAUGUGUUUCUUCCAAAUAUAAUGAUGUUUUUGGCUUUUGUCUUCUGGGGUGUUACAGAAGGAUUUCUAUAUGAGACGAUCUGUUGCUGUGCUUUUUAUAUUCUGAGGCCUCUGACGUCGAUUUAUGUUGCACCUUAUUUAGAGAAGAUGUCAGAAGUCUAUCUUCUCUCUGAUUUUUUCAUUUUUAUGGUGAUCUAUAUUUCAGUUCUUUUGAGUCGUGCUUGGGGAAGUAUUGUACAUCAUGCAGAGUCUGAAAAAAUAAUAAUAAUAGCCGCAUGCGUAGUCACGAUUCUGCUCGUUGUCAUCUACAUCACUGACUUAUUUACUGAAAACAAGGAGAUGCCAUGUCAUGGAGAGAUAUGGAAAUGGAUAUGGAAAAAAAUUAUAGAUGUAGCUGCAUUCAGCAUUUUCAUUCUGCCUUCAUUACAAUUCACCCUCUUGUUCAUCGCUUUUAGAGUCGCUACAGGAGGGUUUUUUGUCUCCAUCAGUUUCCCACUGUUCUUUUUUCUGACAUUUUCCUUUUUGGGUGACAUAAACAAAGAGAAAAGCUGUUCAAAUUUGCUCAAUAUAAUAUCAUGGAUGAUGGUCAUGUUUAUUAUGACUGCAAUACUGCUCUAUUUCUACAUCAUGGCGCUGAAAAAUGAAAAAGAUGCUGCAGGAUGGAUCUGUACAGCUGUAUUUGUACAAGUGAUGUGGAUGAUUGUAAUGUACAUUGGUGUGACUGAAGAUUUGGAUCUGAGCCUCACCUCUAAAAAGAUGUUGUAUGUGUUUGGAUCAGUCGGUGUUGUUUUACUGAACUCUGUUACACUGAUGACUGAACUGAUACUGAAAGCAGUCAAUGGUGAGCAUGCAGUGGGGGAUCUGAGAGUUGUCGUCUUCUCCUCUGAAAGUCUCUUUGUCUUUUCUCUGCUAAUUUUACUCUUGUAUGAACCCUGGAUUUCUGAUAUAAAGUGUCGGCCAUGUUGUCAGAAAGCAGCGAGGACUGAUGAUGUUCCAGUCACUGAAUCAAACCAGAACCAGGCUUCACAGAAUGCAGCAGGAUCUGAUGAAGCUCCAGCCAGUGGAUCAAACCAGAUGCAGAACACAGCAGAAUCACAUGAAAUGGAAACUCUCCUAAAGACUUUAGAUCAAGAGGCUGGUAGGAGUGACAUGACAGAAGAAACUCCUGAUUCAGUGGAAACACAAACAUGAUUAACUUUGAGAGGAAAACACUCUUUAUCCAACACUAUGAGCAUUUACUCGAACUCCCACAAGUGCAGAACGUGAUUGAUGAAAGAUCAAGCUUAUCCUUUAUGUGUAAUGAAGCUUUUUUUUUUCUUUGCUUCGAAAUUAGCUGUAAAUGUGUUAAUUGUGGCAUAUAACCACGAUUGGAUGACAAGAGCAGAUCAUUUGUAACUCUAAUAAGAGCAGUCUCAGUACUGUGAUACAGUCUAAAACCUGACUGGAAAUCCAGAUACCAUUUUUCUGUAGGAAGGAAAAUAAUUGUGAGGAUACAACCUUUUCUAAAAUCUUUGACAGAAAACGGAGAUUCGAGAUUGGUCUGUAAUGAAUUAAUUUGUUGGGGUCAAGUUGUGGAUUUUUAAUGGCUUAAUAGCAGCCAGUUUGAAGGUUUUGGGGACAUAUCCUAAUGACAGUGAUGCGACACUGUAAUUGACGGCUGCAUGGUGACAAUUUUGUCUCUAAUAGUAUC